AAAUUCCCAAAGACAGAUAUUCUCUCAAUACAAUACAGGGGCAUUUUGAGACAUAUUGAUUGGGAAGGAACAGAAAGACCUACUGAGAUCAAGACCAAGAGACCCUGAUUGUAACAUGACAAAAAACAGCAACGUUCUGCAAUCUGUAAACUAGACCUCCUGUCAUAGGGUCUAUGGUGAAGAGGGGUGAACAUAGAGAUACGACUAAAGGAAGACAUUUAUUUGGUGCAUCUGUCCAAGACCCAAGUUCUUAUCACGCUACCUAAACAUCUUUCAAGAAACCGAGCAAUCAACCACAGGAGCUGAAAAUGGGAGAUCAACAAAUUGAGGUUGUUGAUGCUGGGGCUAUACAGCAAGUGCCAGAGCCUAGGCUUGAGAAAAUAAGAGAACUAUCCAUAAUUUCUGUUGAUGUACCUGAGGACUGGAAACAAGGAGGGCGUCUCAUGUCAGGCUUAUUGGGAAUAAAUAUAACUUUGCUGGGAUGUGCACUGAUAAGCAGUGGUGCUUUCUAUGAAGUGGCAGUAGUGGAGCAUGAAGUACUGUCUUUCCUCAGUGUCCUUAUGGGUCUCACUGGCUGUUGGAUGGUUGUCUAUCUCAUAUGGACAUCGAGACAAAAAAAUAGCAUCACCUUGAAGGACUCACAUGCAGGGCCAAUUUGGCUAAGAGGGGGCUUGGCUCUUUUUGGCAUUUGCAGCCUAGUCCUUGAUCUACUGAAGAUUGGAAAAUCAGUUACUCUGGUUCAUUGUGAAUCUCCGCUUAAAAUUAUUCAUCCUGUAAUUCAGGGCCUUUUUAUAGUGAUACAGACAUAUUUUAUCUGGGUAUCCUGUAGAGAUUGUGUACAAGUUCACCUAAAUAUGACAAGGUGUGGCCUCAUGUUGACGCUCAGCACUAACUUGGCUGUAUGGAUGGCAGCUGUGACAGACGAAUCACUACAUCAGUCAGUUCAUGAAGAAUCCUCUACAGUGAACCAAACAAACAAUAGCACCAGAGACCUUAGAGCUGGCGGAGAAUCACAUGGCUGUGUUUGCAUAACGGCAAUUUGUAAAACCUUCCAGACAGGCUAUUAUUACUUGUACCCCUUUAAUAUUGAAUACAGCCUUUUUGCUUCAGCUAUGGCAUAUGUGAUGUGGAAGAACGUGGGACGUGUGAUUAAUCAGGAUUCUCAUCAUACACAUCAUACUUUCCGAGCACCAAAGAGCGUUGUGGGACUUGUCUGUGGGAUUGCUGUCCUUGUUACAGGUCUAGGAAUCUUCAUUGUGUAUGAGAUUGAGGUGAACACUGAGGAAGCCAAAUCUCAAGCUCUCACCAUGUUCUACAUUUUUAACAUUGUAGCACUUAUCCUAAUGUCUGUGAGCUCCAUUAUUGCCUCCAUCAUAUACAGAUUUGACAAGAGAGAUAUGGAUGGUCACAAGAAUCCCACACGUACCUUGGACGUUGCCUUGCUCAUUGGAGCUGCUCUUGGACAGUUUUGCAUAUCUUACUUCUCUAUAGUAGCCAUUGUAGCCACCUUUCCAAGAGACCUUCUCAAUUACUUAAAUUUAGUAUAUUCAUUACUUAUGAUUGUUCAGCACAUAUUGCAAAACACUUUCAUUAUAGAGGGGUUACAUCGAAAACCCAUGCAUGACUGGCACCAAGAAGACCAUAGCUCUGUUGCCUUCCAUGACAAAGAUGUAUUCAAUGAAGUCUACCGCAACCCAGCUGCUGCCAUUUCCACUGACAACCACAAUGGUUCUAACUGCCUGAAUAAACUGGAUACCCAAAGUGUUGGGAUUAUAAACCACUGCAUCACACGAGAUGCAAAAACUGAAUGGAAAAGUAAAGUCCUUAGAGAAGUUUCUUUGUUCUUGCUUCUGUCUAACAUAAUAUUCUGGAUCAUGCCAGCCUUUGGUGCCCGACCACAGUUUGACAAUGGCUUGGAGCUGCGCUUUUAUGGGUAUCCAAUGUGGGUGGCUGUUGUUAACAUUGGCCUCCCUUUUGGGAUCUUCUAUAGGAUGCAUGCUGUUGCCAGUCUUCUGGAGGUCUAUGUGAUGUCGUAACACAGCAUGUGUCAUUUGUGCGAACAAAAUCAUCAUCAAGAACAUUUCUUCAUGUCUUACUAUGACACAAGCCAGCCUCCCAUGAACUUUAAGUCUUUAUUUAGGACAUAAUAAAUAUGAUUCCUUCCAGACAAAAAUGUCUACUGCUCACUUACAUAUUUUAAUGCAUAUAGAGCAUUGCUUUGUAAGCUAAAGGUUUUUUAAAAAAAAAAAAUGAUGAUGUGGUUAUAUGCCCUAACUUGUAAACAUAUGAUUAUAUAUUCAUUUAAAUUAAAUAAAAUUACUGUAUACAGUAUUUUUGUGUAAAUGCCCGUGACCUGAGGGGGCACAUUUGUGAAGGGAAAAACAAUCAGAGGACUGGUAAUUUGCACAUUAGGUUGAACAUUUUAGCUCUAUAAGUUCACUUUUGCAAUGUAAAGGCUCUAACGUGAUUCUUCUGCAAGAAAUUGACUGUAUAACAGAGUUGAAUCAGUGUGAUUAAUUUCAUUUAAUGCUGAUUAUGUAUUAUUCAGACACAGCUCAGCCCUUCUUUAUAAUGCAGUAAUAUUAAAUAAUUAAAUCAUUUCCGCAAAUUCUUACCUUAGUGAAUAUACUUAAUAAAAUGAAU